UGAGGCUGAUGUGAGGCCAGGUGGGAUUGUUUACUUUCGCCUUCGUUGAAGUUUUGCAUGUCCGUAUAACCAUAAAAGAACGCAAUUCGUCCUAAGUAAGCGUUUUUCUGACCCACAAGACUAGAUAAGUCGCUUUUAAUUAUGCAGGUUGUCUUUUUGGGCACCGCUUCGUGUUUCCCCACCGCAAACAGAGGCGUUUCUUGCAUUGCUCUCAGACACGAAGAUGGCUUUGUUUGGCUUUUUGAUUGUGGCGAAGGCUCGCAGAUCCAGUUGCAAAAGAGCUGCAUUAGGCCAGGAAAAAUUACUAAAAUCUUCAUUACUCAUCUCCAUGGAGAUCAUCUCUUCGGACUUCCGGGAUUGGUAGCAACAAUCUCAACUCAAUGUGCAGUAAAGCCUGAUUUUAUUUUGGAAAUUUAUGGACCUCAGGGACUCAGGCAGUUUUUAAGACAGAGCCUGGUCUUGUCAAGAACUGAGCUACCUUUCAAGUAUCAGGUGCACGAAUUGAUGCCAGAAAGUUACCAGCUUCCAGAAGACUGGGAAAAUUGGAGGUUUGAUCUCUCGGAGGAGCGGCUUCAUCCGCAAGAGUUGCAGGGGACACAAAUCUCUGCAAGAAAUGACGUUUGGACUGUGAUAGAACAAAAGAACACCAAGACCAGUGUGCUUGCCGGCCACAACGAACACUUGCGGAUUCCGAGCUAUGGUUUUGUCGUUCAAGAGCCGGAUGCCAACGGAAAGUUGGAUGUUGAAAAACUAAAGUCUUUAGGGGUUGAACCUGGCCCUCUCUAUUCUCAAUUAAAGCAUGGCAAGGACAUAGUUACUCCUGAUGGAAAAGUGGUAAAAUCAAAUGAAGUCCUCGGACCGCCAAAAAAGGGAAGAAAAAUAACUAUUAUGGGAGACACUUGCAAUUCUGACAAGAUGAUCCAAAUUGCAAUGGACAGUGAUGCUUUGGUUCACGAAGCCACCUUGGAAAAUAGUAUGGUUGAAAACGCUCUGGAGAAAGGCCAUUCCACACCUGGGAUGGCAGCUAGUUAUGCAUUUGCUAUAAAUGCCAAACUUUUAUUACUGACUCACUUUAGCCAACGCUAUCGACAAUCGAAUGAAGAGGAUGGUCCUAGACUCGAAAUCUUACAGAGGGAAGCUGAAGAAAAGUUGGCAGAGUUGAAGCAUUCCAAGUGCUCUGUUGUUUUGGCUCAAGACUUACUUGAAGUUCCUCUAUACAGGUUAUCUACCUAAUAGUAUUUUGGUUCCUUUUUAUUCAUUAAAGUAACUUUUUAUAAAAUCGUAAAUAAAUAUUCGUGUCCAUGCAUUCCUUGUUAAAUAUCUGAAUAUUUAAAUAUUAAUGAAUGAAAUAGGAAUAUUAAUUAACAUAGAAUUUCCUUGUCCAAAGAGCUGGUUUCUGAUGUUCUGAUUUUUUUUUUUUUUUUACUUAAAAAUUUAUAAUUAUGUCUAAAAGCUAAUUUUGGGCUUUGUAAUGUUCUUGGGAAAAAUUAUGUAUUUUUAGGUAAAAUUUGAUAGAGCCCCAUUGAGUGUUUGAAUGGAAAAGUCUCUUUGUUUGUUUGCUUCUUUGGUUGGUUUUUGUAAUGAGAUAUAAAACAAGAGAAAAAUUGUUUCUCAUAACUCAAACUUUUGGGAGAGCUUAAGUUUGCAAAAUGAGGCACUCUUGAAAGUGUGCUUUAAUUAAAAUGGGUUGCAAAAAAGUAUCAAUUUCUUAGACCAAGAGAUGCAACUUUUUUCUCUCAUCCUGAUAAAUAAAACUAACCAAAAGAAAACUGCGUCAAGGGCUUUCGGGGAUUAUUUUAUCGUAGAAAUGCAGCUGGAUUAGGAAGAAAAAUUGAUAGAAAUCCCCUCUUUUUGGAAAGUUUCACACUUGUUAACAAAUUAUAAGACAACCCUUAAGGUGCUACACACAUAUGGCCACCCCUGCAAUAACUAUUAUAUUGGAAUCCUAUCAUGAUUUAUGCCUGGCAGUUAUUACAAAAGUUUCUGUUUGCCUUCGCACUUUCAGGGGUGGAAUUUUGCCCUUGGGGUAUUGAUUAUCUCUUCAAAACGUGUGGUGACAAAAAUCUCAUUUUGUGUGAAAGUAGAAUGCGUCUGUCUUUUUCGUGGAAGUAAAAUGUGAAAUGGAAAAACU